AGCGGCAGCCUCGGGGCACAACCCGGGCAGGGGACUUGUCGGCAGCCGCCGGGCGCCGCGCAAGGACCUCGGGAGGCGGGAGCCGCGUCGCUGCGCACGGGCUGCCCGGCCCAGGUCCGUGCCGCGGAGCCGGGAUGAGGGCGCCCGCGCUGCUGCCGCCCGCGCUGCUGACCUGCUGCGGCUGGCUGCUCGCCCCAGUGAACAGCAUUCACCCGGAAUGCCGAUUUCAUCUGGAAAUACAGGAGGAAGAAACAAGAUGUGCAGAGAUUCUAAGGGCCCAAACAGAAACAUUCAAAGCCUGCAGCGGCGUCUGGGACAACAUCACGUGCUGGCUCCCCGCGGACGUCGGCGAGACUGUCACGGUGCCCUGUCCAAAACUGUUCAGCAACAUUUAUAGCAAACCAGGAAACAUAAGCAAGAACUGCACCAGGGACGGGUGGUCAGAGACGUUCCCGGAUUUCAUGGACGCGUGCGGCUACAAUGACCCCGAAGAUGAGAGCAAGAUCACGUUUUAUAUUCUGGUGAAGGCCAUUUACACCCUGGGCUACAGUGUCUCUCUGAUUUCCCUUACAACCGGAAGCAUAAUUCUUUGCCUCUUCAGGAAGCUGCAUUGCACCAGGAACUACAUCCACCUGAACCUGUUCCUCUCCUUCAUCCUGCGGGCCAUCUCGGUGUUGGUCAAGGACGACGUUCUGUACUCCAGCUCAGGGACUCUGCACUGCCCCGACCAGCCGUCCUCCUGGGUGGGCUGCAAGCUGAGCCUGGUCUUCUUCCAGUACUGCAUCAUGGCCAACUUCUACUGGCUCCUGGUGGAGGGGCUGUACCUCCACACCCUCCUGGUGGCCAUCUUCUCCCCCAGCCGGCGCUUUGUGGCCUAUCUCCUGAUUGGAUGGGGCAUCCCCACCGUCUGCACAGGUGCGUGGACUGCGGCCAGGCUUUCACUAGAAGACACGGGUUGCUGGGAUACCAAUGACCACAGUGUUCCCUGGUGGGUUAUACGAACACCAAUUUUAAUUUCUAUUAUAGUCAAUUUCAUCCUUUUUGUUAGUAUUAUACGAAUUUUACUGCAGAAGUUGACAUCCCCAGAUGUCGGCGGCAAUGACCAGUCACAGUACAAUCGCAGGAGUGUGCUCUUGGCCACUUUACAGGGACCCCCGGAGAUGGACUGUCUUGUCCAAAGGCCAGCGUUGCCAUGGCAAUUUUUCAAGCCGUGUUCCUCUCCUUCAUUCCAGCGUGGAUGUCCUCUAGAGAGCAGCUUAUUGAAGUGUUCUGCCCGCUCUCCUGUUUUGUAAUCUGACUUUUCUCUCCUUGGCCACACGUUGUUUGUAUUUUAUAUUUAGUUCUUUCUUGCCCAUCAGACCACAGGGUCCAGGGGACACCUCAUGUUGCGCCCUGUACUUAAUAAUAACUCAAGUGAUGUUUGUUGCCUGGAUGACAACAUGAACAUGGCUGUCAUCAUCUCCCUCGUGGGGAAGAGAAGUUAAGUAAAUCACUCCCCAUCAUCCAGCUGAUUAAUAAGGGUCUGAGAACUCCGUAAAGGAACUUGACGGUCAUAUGAAUUUCUAUCAAGAAUUUAUAAAGAAAAGAUAAAGCCCACAACUCGAGUAUAAAAUAAAGCCAGUUUAGUGUGGAAUGGUUGGUCCAGCUGAUAGGAGCCUUGGAUACAGGCAGAUUGGGGUUGGAAUUGCAGCUGCAGAAGCUGCGUGACCCUGGGUGGGUUACCUGACUGCCCCUGCAGGGUGGGCCCCCCCUCAGCUGUCUCCUUCCCUCCCCUCCUUUAGACAGCAGGGUGGACCUGGGGAGACAGGUGGCAUCCCCUGUGGUCAGCAGCCCAGUGCUGGGUUAUGUACCAGCUGGAGGCCUGGGGGAGGUAACUGCACUGCUCUGCCUCGGUUUCCUCACCUGUGAAGUGGAAAUAAUAAUAAUACUUGUCACAAGGUUAUAAGGACUGAUAGAGUUAAUAUUCAAAAGACAUUUAGUGGCUGGCACCAGCAAAGUGUUGCGAUAGAGUUUGGUAAACAUAUACAUAUAACUGUGCCCUGAGGUGUGACAGUCUCUGCCCAGCCCACAUCAGAGGUCAGGCCUAGAGAUAGGAUUCCACGUCAGACCACAAAGGAUAAAGUGGUUUCAGCCGAACCUUCCAAGUAGCAUCUUUACUGCUCAGGUGAGAAGCCGGGCUGGUUCCUGGACUCGCCCCAUGCCUGCAGCUCAGGCUGCCCUUCCAACUGAACUUCCAGUUUCUGCACGUCUUGUUCAGGGCCACGCUGACCUUUCCUCUGGGCUCUUUGGGAGCGUUCCUAAGCGGAUCUUAGAGAUGGAUGCUUUUACUUUGGAAACAAAAUAAAGUGGGCAUGAUAGAAUCUGUUCUUUUUCCAGGAUAACAAAAAGGCAGAGCACAUCUUUUCUGUGUAUCUGUCUCAUAACAGUAGUGGCAGAUGUCCAGGCACAGGGCCCCAGGGGUCCAGCUUCUAAAUCCCUUUUCUAGAAACUAGCACAACAGCAAAUUCCAGAUGGAUCAAUAGUGAGAAUCCAGGCAGGUUCUCUCUAACAUUUAAAUAAAGGGCAGCUCCCUGCAGAAUCCCAGCCUUCACUCACUGGGCUGGCAGAGACCCGAGGUAGUGAAGGCAGCAAGUGCACCGUGGGUGUUGCAAAGUCAAAGGUUCAAAACUGCACAUGGUGACAGCUGGGUGGUCAG